AUGGAGACCCAACCCCUUCAUGAUACCCUUCGAAAGUGUAGAAGCAAAGAGAAAAAGACCUCUGAGCAACGCAAGCUUCGUCGAAACCUUGAUAAAAAAAGAAAGUGUAUUAAAAGAGCAAAUGACACUGAAGAAUAUCGUGCUCUUCAGCAAGUUAAAGCACAUGAUCAAAUGCGAUCUAAUCGCCAUUCUUCUGGCAUUACCUCUCAUCCUUCUGCCACUUCUUCUUUGGAUACUGAC